AUCUCAUUUUCCGCAAAAAAAAAAAAAAAAAGGCUCCGCCGUGCUCGUGCUCCAGGUGCAGCCAGCUUGAUGGCCAUGCAUCCCGGCGCCGGCGCCGGCGCCGGUGCGCCCCCCGCGUCGUCGGUCCACGGCAACGUUGAUGAGUACGACGACUUCCACUGGGACGACGCGGCCGAGGCAGAGCUUCAGGCCAUCGAGGCCGCCUACGCCUCGGCUUCCGCCGCCGCAAAGCGCCGCCGCCUACCCGACUGGACCUCUCCAUCCCCUUCGCCCUCCUCUCGCCCCCGGUACAGCCAAAGCCCGGUGUCCGGUGGAUCCACGCCGUUGUGGGCCCUCACGCCGCACACACCCCAAGGUAAUGUGAGGGCAAGACGCCAACAAAUAUCAUUCAACGGUAAGAUAGUUUACUGCAGGACACCUUCAGAGGCGGAGAAAGCUGCAACUGACAUCUUACUCAAAAUUGAGAGGAUGAAAGCCCCCCGCCAGGUUUCUCUUGGGUUUGAUCUCGAGUGGAGGCCCUUUCCAAGAAGAGGGGAACCACCUUGUAAGGUUGCUGUAAUGCAGCUAUGCAUGGAGAAAACUCUGUGCUAUGUCCUGCAUAUUGCUCACUCGGGGGUACCACCUAUACUGAAAACUCUUUUGGAGGAUAGUUCGUCCAUUAAAGUUGGAAUAUGCAUAGACAAUGAUGCAAGGAAAAUGUUGAAUGACUAUGAUGUCUGUGUGCAACCACUGAUGGAUUUGUCAACCCUGGCAAAUGUAAAGUUAGCUACUCCUCCCAAAAGAUGGAGUCUUGCUUCUUUAACUGAAAUGAUCACAUGCAAAGAGCUGCCGAAGCCGAGCAACAUAAGAAUGGGGAACUGGGAGGUUGAUGUUCUCACCAAACAACAACUUCAAUAUGCUGCUACAGAUGCUUAUAUCUCAUGGUACUUGUAUGAGGCACUGCAGACUCUUCCAGAUUAUACUACUGAAGCUGAAGCUGAGUCUGAGUCUGUAAAGGCACAAUAACUUCAAGUGGACAUUCUAUUGGGAACUGUAGUGUUAGUCAAUCAGACAAUGCCUGGUGCUCUUUGUCUUCACAUCUCAAUCAGGGUUGAGUAGGAGAACUAGGAAGAUCCUUUGUCACAACCAAUGGCAUGGUGAAUUCUGUGAAUUUCUUUUAAUUUAUUCUUUUGAUGAUUUAUUCUCCUCUAAUGGUAAGGGCGCGUCUGUUUAUCUAAAGAACCUAGCAGUGUGCGUGUGCGCGCAUGAUCGUGUGCGUGUGAGUGUUGUAUGGGUUCUUACCCCAUUUUUCUUAAUAUAAUGAUAUGCAGCUCUCUUGCAUAUUCAAGAAAAAAAAGAUGGUUGGUUCCUUUGUCAUCAUUACUUAAGGUAAACAUUAAUUGGAAUGUAGUUUCUUGGGAUGAUGAAA